UCCCGUUUGUUUUAAAGGACUGUCACAUGAGCCUCGUCACGUGUCAGAGGAUCGACCAAUCAGCUCUCAGCAGCUCCGGGCUCUUUCCUCCGUGAGGUUGACGGCAGAUUCCGUCGUUUUUUCGGCGACUUUCAGGUAUUUUGAAGUGAUCACGUGAUCAGAAGACCUCUGUUCUGUGGAUUAGGACCUGAUGCUCUGCGGCCUCAGGUCUGUAACUGAUCUGCUCCUCAGGACCGUCUCCUCCAGCGGAACAUGGCCACAGACGGGGUCCUCGCUCGUGGGACCCUGGGGUGGACCUCCGGGGGAAACUUCACCUCCUUGUGUCCCAAUGGAACCAAAUGGGUUUGGGACGGGCUCGGGGAGUGUGCCCAGGAUGGGCGGGACAUGGCCAGCGUCUACCUGGGGCUGCUGUCCAUCGUCUGCUUCAUGGUGUCCUCCCUCCCGCAGUACUGGAACUCGUGGAAGAAGGGGAACAUGGACAGCGCGCUGUCCGUGUGGUUUCUGCUGCUCUGGCUGGCAGGAGACUCCUGCAACCUGGUGGGCUCGUUUCUGGCAGACCAGCUUCCCCUUCAGACCUACACAGCUGUUUACUACGUUCUGGCGGACCUGCUGAUGCUCACCAUGUACACCUACUACAAGCUGAGGAACCGCAGAGCAGCAGGUAGGACGGCUUUGAACGCGGUGGGCGUGUCCUGCAUCCUGGGCCUCUCUGCCAGCCUCACCCGUCUUCCUGGACUGAGCCCCCAGCCGGAGAUGAGUCCUUCCGGGUUCAGAAGUCGCUCGCUGCUGUCGACGGCCGACGCGGGCGCCAUCGCCGCUUUCACCACUAAGGAGAUAGUGGGUUUCUCCAUCGGGUCGCUGUCCUCCGUCCUCUACCUCUGCUCCAGACUCCCACAGAUGUACACCAAUUUCAGGAGGAAGUCCACGGAGGGCGUGUCCUACUUCCUCUUCGCUCUGGUCAUCCUGGGAAACGCCACGUACGGACUCAGCGUACUGCUGAAGAACCCGGACCAGAGUCAGGGGGAGAGGAGCUACCUGGUCCACCACCUGCCCUGGCUCAUCGGCAGCCUGGGAACCCUCAGCCUGGACCUCAUCAUAUCCAUACAGUUCCUGAUUUAUCGGAACCCUCCGGACCAGAACCCGAGCCUCCACCAGGAAGAGUCGGCGCCGCUGAUCGGCUGAAGCUUGACGGACUGGAGUUCAGACUCUCCUCCUCCUAAAAUCUGAUCUGAUCUGAGUUUUUUCUUGAAGGUGAAUCCUGAUCCUGUUUGUUUACAGCAGAUCCUAAAUCUGCCCCCCCCUCUCCAGCCGUUUGGGUUUCUGUCCUUCAUGAAGGACGCAGCAGUUUCUCAGCUGGAGGCUCCUCUGAUGGAGCCGUUGGUGCCGUCAGACCCGGGUUCUGCGGGUUCUGAUGUUUGGCUUCAUGCGGGGGUCCGGCCAGAAUCUCUAAAGGGUGGAUCUCAUUUUCCUCCAUGAGUGUUCUGGUUCCGAAGGUCACGGUUCUACUCCGUUUGCACAAAAGCACUAAAGACUUUCAGAGGAGUUGGACGGUUUUCAGUUUCCUGUAAAGAUUAAAGACCUGACUCCGC